AACCACCACUUCUCUCUCUCUCUCUCUCUCUCUCUCUCUCAGACAUGGGUUAUGGCUGCCCCACCUUGAUCUUUUGAAUGGAACCUCGAACAGAGAAGCAGCUUCUCUUUUGGGGAAGGGAAAAGGCUGGAGAACAACCCCUGUUCCUCUCUCUCUCUCUCUCUCUCUCUCUUUCUCUCUCGUCUUCUGUAUAUUCAAACCCUAAUUGACCUUUAACCCAAAAAUAGUAAAAAGAAGAAGAAGGGAUUGGAUCUCCGACAACACUAAUAGCUUUCCGUUCUUUCUGCAACAGUCUCUUUCUGCAACCAUCAAUUUUCAUGAUCCGUGUCUGCAUCCGUGGCCUUGGGUUCUUUAUUAUUCUCUUGUUCACGCACGCACACGGCAUACCCUUUUGCAGCUCCAGGACAAACCACCUACCAAGCUUUGUCCUCUCCUCUCCUUUCAGAUCUCAGUUCGGCUUUCAUUAAUUCCAGCAGGCAUGCAUCCAUAUGGCUUCUUGUACGCUUGUAGUGGUACUUUCUCAACAGCUUAGUUCACCUCUCUCUCUCUCUCUCUCUCUCUGUACCUUGUUUGUUUGGUAGCUUGCUCUUCUUAAAUGAGUUUGUAUUUUAAGUAACCAAAUAUCUCUCUACUCCUUCAUAUCUUUGUCCCUCCGGUUCGUCUUUCCAUUUCUCUCUCUCUUUCUCUCGCAUGGAUUCUGGCAACAGUGGGAGUAUGCAAUCCUCCAGCGGCGGCGAUGACGAGUACGAUUCGCGCGCCGAGUCAAUCUCCGCCGUGCUCAGUAACCCACCGAGUCAACUCGGUCCCAUGUCUAACCCACCACCACAUCACCAUCACCACCACCAACAAAUGGACCCUCUAUCAAACAUGUUCGAUCCGUUAUCAUCCAGGCUCACCAACCCAAAUCCGCUCCUCAAUUUCGACAUGAUGUGGUCCAAAACCUUAAGAUCCGAUCCCAAUCCCACCGAUCUAGCCGGUCUCAGCCAACCCUUAUUGACCAGUCCCUGUAUUAACCAAUUAGGACAAAGCAGAGGCGGCGCAGCCGCCGCCGGAGGAGGAGGCGUGUCGUCUACUUUUGCGGCGCUUCAGAUUCCACAAGACAAUCAAAACGUUUCCGCCUCUUUUUCAGCUCCCAACAACCAAACCCACAACAACGGUGUUGUGCGGAAUCCGAAAAAGAGGUCGAGAGCGUCGAGGCGAGCACCAACGACGGUGCUGACAACGGACACCACAAAUUUCAGAGCCAUGGUUCAGGAAUUUACAGGUAUCCCUGCUCCUCCAUUUUCUUCUUCCUCACCUUUCGCGAGGAGCAGAUUGGACCUUUUUGGCAGUGCUGCUGCUGCCUCUUCAUUGAUGAGAUCAGCAGGAGGCGGAGGAGGAGGAGGGGGUCUGGGUUUGGACGCUCCUCCUCCAUACCUUUUGAGGCCUUUUGCGCAAAAAGUGACGCACCAACCACCAUCUUCAUUGCUUGAUCCUAUUAAUUCAUCCUCCACAAAUCACAAUCUCCUCAAUGUGCAAAACCAAAACCCUUCAUCAUCAUCAUCUUCUUCACAAGUUCUCAAUUUCCAAUCCCUUUUUCAGUCCCAACAACAAAGUCCUAAAUACCCAUUAAUGUCCGUUACUUCACCACCUCAUCAUCAUCAAGCAGGCUCUUUGGGGGGUCCUCCUCAUCAACAUUUUGGUUUGACUCAUCCGCAGCAGCAGCAGGUUAAUGUUAAUGCGCUUUCCAACAACAUCGUAUCUUCCUCGGACGCCGCGCUUUCCAGGCACGACACUGGUAAUGGUCCAAGCUGGGGUACUGACAAAACAGGGUCCAACAAGAACAUUGACAACAGCAACAAUAUCGUUGAUCAUCAAAGACUAAUGAGUUCUAUCAAUGGCAAUUACGGCAAUGGGAAACUCAACUACUCGGCUGCUGGUCCUUCGUCGAAUAUUGUACUUCAUGCCGGCAGUGUACCUUCAUCUACUACUGCUGCUGCUACUACUACCACUCCUCGAAGCGAAGGUAUGGUGGAAUCAUGGAUUUGCUCCUCAGAUUAGGCUUUUUCUCAACAACCAAAAUCAUUACACUAAAAUUCAUCAAAUCUUGCUCUGUGGGUUGUCCUCCCUCCAUUUUAACCAUGACCACCACCAACAUAAUUAAAUUAUGAGGACACUUUUUGUUUCCCUUUGCUCUUUCUCUUUAAUUAUAUGUAAAUAAUAGACUCCCUCUUUCUUUUUCUUUUUUCUGUUCAUACUUUAUACACGAGCCGUUUAUAUAUUUUGGGUCUUUUUGUGACUCCAAUACUAAAUUGUGUGUUCAUACAUGGCUUUGGUCAAGUUGGACCACUGUUGUAAUUAGCUGCAACCUGAAUGCAUGCAUGAUUCUUUCCCGAA